CUUUACCAAUUUUUAUAUAAGGUAAAGACUCAAAGAGCCACAGGACAUAGUACAUUGUGAACAAAAUAAAAACAAAAUGAUGAAAGUCAACGUGAAGAGAAUGGUAAAGGGAGAAGAAGAAGAAGAAGAAUCAUUUCCUGUUAGCCCUACCGGGCAGUAUUUUACGAGUUCUGUCUUGUCGAUUUCUGUUAUUUGUGUGUUGGAAUCUGAAAUUCCUAUAGAUGAUUCUUGCACCAUGACAUUGCUUAAGGAUGUUUUUGUCCCCAUUAAUCCUCGUUUUUCUUCUAUUAUGGUGAGAGACAAAAAUGGAGACAAACAAUGGAAGAAAGUAGAUGUGAAGCACAAAGAUCACAUAAAUGUGCCUAUUUUUCCAGAAGGAAAAUCAAAAGAAUUCUAUGAUAAUUGCUUCAACGAAUACAUAACCAAGAUUGCUAUGGAACAACUCCCACAAAGCAGGCCACUAUGGGAAAUUCACAUAUUCAAAUAUCCAACAACCAAAUCAGCUGGAAAUUUAGUCUUUAAACUUCACCAUUCUCUUGGUGAUGGUUUUUCCCUAAUGGGAGCUCUACUUUCUUGCUUACAAAGAGCUGAUGAUCCUUCACUUCCCUUAACAUUUCCAGCAUUUAAUAGUACUAAUCCCAAUUUGGAAAGUGGUUAUAAGAAGAGGUUUUGUGCUAAUGUGGCUCAAAUGGUUACUGGGGUUGUUAAUACUUUCUUGGAUUUUGGAUGGAGUUUAUUGAAGAGCACUAAUCUUGAAGAUGAGAAGACACCAAUUAGGUCUGGAGACGAAGGAGUGGAGUUUAGACCUAUUGAUAUUACAACCAUGGAAUUCGCCCUUGAUCAUCUCAAGCAAAUUAAGUCCAAUCUUAAAGUGACGAUCAACGAUGUUAUAUGUGGAGUCUUGUUCUUGGGAGUAAGAUUAUACAUGGAGGAAAUGAAGUAUGAGCAGAAAAAUGCAAAUUCAACAGCAUUGGUGUUGCUCAACACUAGAAAUAUUGCAGGAUAUAAAUCAGUGAAGGAAAUGUUGCAGACUAGCAAUGAAUCUAAAUGGGGAAAUCAAUUUGCAUUUCUACAUGUAUCAGUUCCAAAAAUUGAUAAAGAAGAGUCAUCGUCUAAUCCUCUCAGCUUUGUGUUCAAAGCACAAGACGUUAUUCAGAGAAAAAGAAACUCUGCAGCUGUUAGUUUUACUGGCAAAUUGCUUGAGACUUUGCAAAAGUACAGAGGUCCCGAGGUAACGGCUAAAUAUAUCCAUAACACGUUGAAGAACUCAAGCAUGACAAUAUCAAACAUGAUUGGCCCAAUGGAACGAAUGGCUUUGGCAAAUCAUCCUGUUAAAGGCUUGUACUUCAUGGUGGUUGGUGUUCCUGAGAGUUUAACAAUAACAAUGAUGAGCUAUAUGGGGAAGUUAAGGGUGGCAGUGGGAACAGAGAAAGGUCUCAUUGAUCCACAAAAGUUCAAGUUUAGCAUUGAGAAUGCCUUUGAUAGGAUUUUCAAAGCUGCAGUUCCUUCUGCUUCUUCCAAACCUGCAAAUUAAUUCAUAAAGUUUGGACUCUAGUUGCUGCUCUUUUCCUAAUGUUCUGUUUUUCCAAAAUAAAAAGAAUCAUGUGCUUUCUGAUUCGUAAUUUAUUUUGUAAGCAUUGGAAAUUGAUCUGUAUAGCUUUGCAGGUGCAUCAUAUAUUCAUUUGUUAACUCUGUGCUUCUGUU